CCUCCUCAUGUCAAGCUCUCUUCAAACACUCCCAGUCAACUUAACUCCAUAACAUAACAUGAUUUUUACAACGUUGUUAAAUUUCUAGGAAAGAUCUUAUAAAACCAUGAUUUCUCCGCUUCUUUUGGCGCCAUGAAUAUCGCUACAAAUUAUUUUCUUUGCUAAUGUAACAAAAAUUACAAAUAAAUAAAUUGUUUCGAUGGUGGAUUCGGAUUCUUUUCCUCGCACUCUUGAUCAGACGAGUGCACUGAGCGAUGAUCAAGAAGGUUUUUGCAGAUACAAAUUCACUGCAGAGGAAGAUGAUGAGUUUUUUCGAGUUUCGGUUCGGAAAGAGCCGGCUAGCGCUUCUUCGUUGAUGAAUGCUGGUGACUGGAUUGUGAGUGCUCGUUCGGAUUGCAUCAGAUGGAUCUUCAAUGCAAUGACAUUGAUGGGACUUCAGCUCCGUACAGCUUAUUUAUCGGUGGCUUAUUUUGAUAAAUUUCUUUCGCGGAGAAUGAUAGAUAAUGAUAAAUAUUGGGCAGUUCGAUUACUAUCAGUGGCUUGCUUAUCUUUGGCGGCGAAAAUGGAGGAAUGCAAGGUUCAUUCACUCGAAGAUUUUUCAAUGGAAGAUUAUUGUUUUGAGGGUCAAGUGAUACAGAGGAUGGAGAUUCUUGUAUUGAAUACAUUGGAAUGGGAAAUGAAUUUAAUCACUCCUUUUCACUAUCUUCCCUAUUUUGUUUCGAAAUUUUGGGACCGGAAUCCCCCAAGAAAUGUGGUGCCGAUGGAUCUCAUAUAUGCAAUAAUCAAAGAUGUAGAGUUGAUGAGUUCUAGAUCAUCAGUUAUAGCAGCAGCAGCCACAUUGUUGACAUUGGACGAAACACUCACGAGGCAGAGUAUAGAAACUAAGAUCGAGACUUUUGCCUGUGGAGUUCUUGAAGCUGAGGAGGUUUUUCGUUGUUAUCUUCGAAUGCAGGAACUCAAUGAGGAUAAAAUUAACUUGACACCGGUUCAAUGCUUAGGCACUGAUAUUUAUGGAAAUUCUUUGUAUACUCCUGCUGCGAACACUAAAAGAAAGAGGCUUAAAUUUGAUGAUUGUGAUCAGGAUAAUGUCAUGCCUACAGAGAAGAGACUGCGAUAAUGAGUUCUAUAGUUAAUUUACGAGUUUAGCAAAUGUGGUUGCCGAUUCUUACCUAUUUCUGGAAUGGUAUCGAAGAUCUGGUAUAAUGUGUGAUCAUCAUAAUUCGAAAGGCGAGGAGACAGAAAGAGAAAUAUAAGGCGGAGCUUUGGACUUGCCCAUGAAAACUUAAUUUUCAAGCGAAAACUUAAUUCUUUUUUCUUUUUAUAAAUUAUUUGUUUAUUUUCUAUUAGAUUAGGUGUCAUAACCCUACACAACCAUUCUUGCAACCCUAACUUUUGAAGGGUGUGCCUAGGAUGCUUACUUUCCAGGCUUUGGAAAUGCUGUGAAAAGGAAAGCAAUGAGAGGCUCCGAGUUUCUUUUCCAGAGAGUGUGAAGCUAUUUUUAUCUGUUUGGGUCAUUUGAGUUGCAUGUUGGCCUUCAAUAAAAGGUCUGUAAAGGUGGGUUUUUGAUUGGAUUUGUGUUUGUUUGGGAGAACAUUUUCCUUUUUAUAAGUGGGCUCUGUUUUUCUUU